UCGAAUAGGUGUCCUACUCGGAAAGUAAUCCACGUCCACGAAGGCGACACCGCAAAUAAGAACUCCACCCCUCUCCUCCCCCUGGAUCAACUUGUUCCCCAACCCGAACCCAACCCUCGACCGCAGCGACCCACAGCGGCGCAACCAUGGUGCUCGAGUCGACGAUGAUCUGCAUAGACAACUCGGAGUGGAUGCGGAACGGCGACUACUCGCCGUCCCGCUUCCAGGCGCAGGCCGACGCCGUCAACCUCAUCUGCGGCGCCAAGACCCAGUCGAACCCGGAGAAUACGGUGGGCGUCAUGACGAUGGCCGGCAAGGGCGUGCGCGUGCUUGUCACUCCCACCAGCGACCUCGGCAAGAUCCUCGCCUGUAUGCACGGGCUGGAAGUUGGAGCUGAAGCAAACUUGGCCGCAGCUAUUCAGGUUGCUCAGCUGGCGCUAAAGCAUCGCCAGAAUAAGAGGCAACAGCAGAGAAUUAUUGUUUUCAUUGGAAGCCCUGUGACAUACGACAAGAAGGUUUUGGAGACAAUAGGGAAGAAGCUGAAGAAGAAUAAUGUUGCCCUUGACGUUGUUGAUUUUGGUGAAACUGAUGAUGAAAAGCCCGAGAAACUGGAAGCGCUGAUCGCUGCUGUGAACAGCAGUGAUAGCAGCCACAUCGUCCAUGUCCCUCCGGGUGAUCAUGCCCUUUCUGAUGUUCUUAUAAGCACUCCUAUCUUUACUGGUGAAGAAGGUGGAAGUGGCUUUGCUGCUUCUGCAGCAGCUGCUGCAGCCACCGGAGCUACUGGAUAUGAUUUUGGCGUGGACCCAAAUGUGGAUCCAGAGUUGGCACUUGCCCUACGGUUGUCUAUGGAGGAAGAACGAGCUAGGCAAGAAGCUAUCGCGAAGAAGGCUGCAGAAGACAACAAGGAUCAGGCCUCAAGCUCUACUGAUGCUAUUAUGGCUGAAGCAGAACUUACCUUAAAUGCUCCUGCUGAUGUUGACGCAGAUCUACUGAAGGAUGAUGAUGAUGCUCAGCUACUACAGCAAGCACUCGCUAUGUCAAUGGAUGAGGGUGCUUCAGGAGCUGCAGCCGUGGCUGAUGCUGCUAUGGCAGAAGCUGCUGCAGAUGACCAGGAUUUGGCAUUGGCUCUUCAAAUGUCUGUCCAGGAUGCAGAGGCGGCUGGUCAAUCUGAUAUGAGCAAAGUGUUUGAAGACAGAUCAUUUGUGACAUCCAUCCUUAAUUCGCUUCCUGGUGUUGACCCCAAUGACCCAUCUGUGAAAGAUCUACUGGCAUCUUUGCAUGGCCAAGGAGAGCAGGAGGAGAAGAAAGAUACGGAGGACAAGCCAGACAAGCCUGAAGAUGGGAAGAACUGAAGUCAAUGAACUUCUAUUUUCUCAACUUGCAGGCGCAUGAAGAAGUGAAGAAGAUUGCCUGCAUUAGCUGCUUUUACACUCGGGCUAUAUGAAUUUACUUAAUCCUCUUGUAACUGCGUUGAUGAUAACUCAAAUGCCGAGAGAACUUGUAUUAUGUCUGCUCUCACGAACGCUCCUCCAUGUUUGUCUCAAGGGAUUACCUGUUGCAAAUUCAUUUGUACACUUUGUCUGUUGAAUGUAACUUAACACAUUGACAGCGCGGA